UGCGCGAAACAGUUCAAGGAUGAUGGAGUAGGUAUUAUGGUAACAGUAAGUGCGUGAUAGUGGAAGGUGUGGAUGAGUGCUGCCGAGACAUGUUUGGGUGAGCUGCUCAAGGUAGACAGGUGGUUUGGGUGGGCGGGUGAGGAAGAGCGAUGUACUGAUUCUGAAGACAGAAACAGGAGCUUGGCUGUUCAGUGUCCUCAAAAGUUUUGCCCACCUCGUGAGCGACAGAUUACCAAAUGAGUGAAGACAUGAUGAGGUAGAUACUGCUAACCGUAAUUGGUCCUAUGUGUUUGUUUGUUUCCCUGCACUCGGGGUUAUUCGUUGCUUUUCCCUGUCCCUCAGGUAAUGCUGGAGGAAUCUUCAACAUUGACACUGCCCUCGGCGUGAUCAGCCUCACCCGAACCCUGGCCGACGCCCAGCCCCCGGAGUACCUGCUGCUGGUGCGGGCCACGGACCACGCCGCGCAGGCCCGCGCCGCCUCGGUGCCGGUCCGGGUCAUGGUGACCGCCUCGCAGAGCUCGCCGCCCUCCUGGCAGGGCAAUAAGCCGCACGUGGAGGAGGUCAGGGAGUGGGUGGCGGUGGGCACGGCCCUGGCGCGCGUCACGGCGUCCUCACCGUCGGCCCUCCACUACUCGCUGACGGGCGGGAAUGAACACAGCGCCUUCGUCAUCAGCCCCGCCUCGGGGGUGGUCAGCGUGGCCACGCCCCUGGACUACGAAACCACCUCCUGGUACAACCUGGUGACUCCCUGCCCCGCCUGGCCGGGGUGUCCCGCAGCACGUGGCUGGGCGUGACGGUCCUCGACGAGAACGACUGGUGGCCGGAGUGGGAGCGAUUUUCAUACCACGGCAGCGUCCUGCAGACCGCCGGCCGCGGCGCCCCCGUGCU